AACCAAUACAAAAAUUUAUAACCUCAAAAAAGAUAAUGUCGUCGAUGAUAAAAAAAAAAACAAUAACUGGAAAAUUACCAUGUAAAAAAAUUGAACUUGAUCUUGGUAUCACAUUAAAAGGAGGUCAAAGUUUUAGAUGGAAAGAAAUUUCAGAUAAAAAAUACAUUGGAGUAUUUGACAGUAACAUUUGGACUCUUUAUCAAGAUGAAAAAACAAUUAAUUUUAUUGUUCACAAUACAACAAUAAAAACUCCUCUUGAAGCUAAAAAAAAGCUUGAAAAAUAUUUUAAUCUUCAUUUAUGUCUAGAAGAUAAUUUAAAAGAUUGGUCAAAACGUGAUGAUAAAUUUUCAAAUUUUACUGAUAAAGUUGCUGGUGUUAGAAUACUAAAUCAAGAUCCAAUUGAAAAUGUAUUUUCAUUUAUUUGUAGUGCAAAUAAUAACAUAAUAAGAAUAACAAAAAUGAUUGAUAGAUUAUGUUUUAAUUUUGGUGAUAAAAUUGAUGUAAUUGAUGAUGUAGAAUAUUAUGAUUUUCCAAAAAUUGAAAGACUAGCUGAUGACAGUGUCCCUGACAUAUUGACAAAAGAAAAUUUUGGCUAUCGUGCUAAAUACAUUCAUAAAACAGCUGUUAAACUUGUUGAACUUGGUGGCAUUGAUUGGCUUGAUAAAUUAAAAAAAUCAAAUGGUGAAAAAUAUGAUGAUGCUAGAUUAAAAUUACGUGUACUAUCUGGUGUUGGACAUAAAGUUGCUGAUUGUAUUUGUUUAAUGUCACUUGGUCAUCUUGAAUCAAUACCAGUUGAUACACAUGUAUUUCAAGUUGCCAAACAAUAUUAUUUAACUGAAUUAAAUCAAAAAUGUAAAACAAAAACACCAAGCUUAACAGUAUCACAAGAAAUUAAUCAAUAUUUUCGUGAUCUUUGGGGUGAUUAUGCUGGCUGGGCACAAACUGUUGUAUUUUGUUCAAGAAUAACAAAAGAUGAUACACAAAAAAUUGAUAAAAAUAAAAAAUUAAAUGACAACAACAACAAUAUUAACGAAGAAAAAUCAAUUCAAAAGAAAAGA